AUGUUCUCUCUCUCUGGCAGAGUCCCUCUGAUCAAAGGGAAGAGUGCCCGUGAGGCACUAGAAGAGAAAGGUAUGUGGGAACACUACAAGGCGAGCUACCCCUACAACCCCAUGGCCAAGUUCAGCCAGAGCUACGCCGUCGGUUACGAGUCCAUGACCAACGAUGCUGACCUCUCUUACUAUGGCGUCAUCUCCAUUGGCACACCUCCUCAGUCCUUCCAGGUGAUCUUCGACACGGGCUCUUCCAACCUCUGGGUUCCGUCCAUCUACUGCAGCAGCGCCGCGUGCAACAACCAUGACAAGUUCAAUCCUCAGAAGUCCAGCACCUUCAAAGCAACCAACAAGCCACUUUCAAUCUACUAUGGCACCGGCAGUAUGACUGGUGUUCUGGGAUAUGAUACCGUUGGAGUGGGUGGUAUCCAGGUCGCUCAUCAGAUCUUUGGGCUGAGUACGACCGAAGCUCCCUUUAUGGCUUACAUGAGGGCCGAUGGCAUCCUGGGGCUAGCCUAUCCCCAGCUGUCUUCUUCCAAUGCACAGCCUGUUUUUGACAACAUGGUGCAGCAGGGUCUUGUGCAGGACUUCUUCUCUGUUUACCUGAGCGGCAACUCGCACACUGGCAGUGAGAUUAUUUUUGGUGGGUACAACCCUAACCACUACACUGGUUCCCUGGUCUGGAUCCCUCUGUCCUCUGAGACCUACUGGCAAAUCACCAUGGACAGUGUGACCAUCAAUGGGCAGGUGGUUGCUUGCAGUGGGGGAUGCCAGGCCAUCGUGGACACUGGCACGUCCCUGAUUGCUGGCCCCAACAGUGACAUCGCCAGUAUCAACAGCUGGGUGGGAGCCACAGUUAAAAACGGGGCUGCUGUGGUGAACUGCAACAGCAUCAGCAGCAUGCCUGACGUGACCUUCAACAUCCAUGGCUCCUCCUUCUCUCUUCCUGCCUCCGCAUACGUCAGACAGUCUGGCUACUAUGGCUGCAGCACUGGUUUCUCCAACGGUGGCUCUAGCCUAUGGAUCCUGGGUGAUGUGUUCAUUAGGAAAUACUACACGGUCUUCAACAGAGGAACCAACUCCGUGGGUCUGGCGAAGGCUGUGUAAAUACGCACGGCUUUAAGUGGCAGACGACAGCAUCAGUCGGUCAUGUUUGCUGAGAAGAUCAACA